AUGAAUCCCGACAACCGUAAUGUAUGCCGCUUUUACCUGCGAAAAUCAUGUCGAUUUGGAGAUAAAUGUUUUAAUAGACACGAAAAGCCAUCAUAUUCAAAACUUGAUGACGAACUUUCUGUUCUAACUUUUGAAGUUGCAUCAAGCAGCAAGCAUCAACAAAAACAUGAAAAUAUUCCCCAGACAUUGACAAACGAACCAAUUGCACAUGCACCUUUAAAUUCUGCUCAGAAUGUAAAACAAAAACGUCCAAAAAAAUCAUCGAAUAAACCACCAGCACAAAAUUUGUCUGAACUGCUAAGUGAAAAUAAAGAUCUUGUCGAAAAAGUGAGUACGCUUGAAACAUUAGUGAGUUCACUUCACGAACAAUUAAAGGAGCAAGAGAGAGAGAAUGCUAAGCUCACCAAUGAAUUUAAUAGUAUGCAGUUGUAUGAUGAAGAUUACAAAUGCCCUGUUUGUUUUGAAGUAUUCAUAACGCCAACAUUGUUGAAUUGCUCGCACAUGUUUUGUGAAUGGUGUAUUUACAAAUUGUUAGAGCAAAACGACCAGUGUCCAAUAUGUCGGUGUCGAAUAAUCGACUAUACAUAUUGUUCAAAUGCUGGUAACAUUAUCAAUAGAAUGAUAGAACGGAUGCCAUAUGAAGUCAAAAUGAAGUUCAAUAAAUUAAAAGCAUCCCGUGAUGAGGAUAAACCAAAAAGUUUACUACUGCGUGCUGAACGUGAGCAACUUGAGUUAAUAAGAAUUACAUUAAAUGGAUACAUUUCAAUAUAA